CGGAGCAGCCACGCGUUCCCUCCGUCCAUCCGGAAUAUUAUCGGAGACGUUGAAUUCUCGACAGUCGCGUCGUGCAAGUUCGCCACAGUGUGUGUCAUCAUUGCGAAUUUAUUUUCUGUUUUGACGAUAGAAUAACGGUAUCGCGGUCGAUCGGCGAUCUCUGCCGCCACAGCUGGUUCGAUCCGUGCCACGGCACAGUGGUUCGUCGGCGCGGCGAACUGACCGCAACGUGGACGCGAUUCACGUUGCAAAAUCCACGCCACCCUCGGGUAAUCCCGUGUGCCCGUACAUGAUCGUCUAUCGUUCGCAUAAAGCCACGUAAAGCGCGUUUCAAGUCGAAUGUCAAGUCCCUGAGCCGCACACGUGCGUUCCCGUCACACUCCCUUACCCCUCGGUAUAACAUAACCUAGAAUAAAGCCGCGUGGCUUAGCGUGCCAAUUGCGUUCGAAGUUGCUCGCGUCAGCCGCUUGCUCAGUUAGUAUUUUUCAGUGUAUCGUUUGUACCGCAGGUAACGUGAAGUGACAAGUGCCAAGCAACGAUUUGAACGAUGGAAGCUGGAAAUUUUGCAAUAGAAACUGGAAAUCGUACGAUUGGAAAUGAAUACGAUACAUUUCCCAAGGAAUUAUUUCCCGAUUACCCAUACUUAGCUGAGGACGAGAGUUCACGGCUGAUGGAUAUGGUUGAGAAUAUUUCAGCAGAAAAUUUUAACGCAGUGUACAAUUCCAUUUGUAAUAUUGGAGAAAAUAGCGAAGCAACUAGGCUUGUUGAAGAUCUGUUUGCAAACUCGCUACAGUCAUUAUCAUCUUAUGAGGACUACAUAACGACACCUACCAAGAACAUAUAUAUAUAUGAAGAUAUGAUUGAAAUAAAUAAAAAGCCUUGUGAAAUAAUAUUAAAGGAAGAAAAACAAGAAACUGGAGCUACAUCUGAAAUAUUUGAUAAUACCGUAAAAACGGAAGUAAAGAUUGAAGAAGACAAUUUUACUGAACAAGAAAUAAAGGACGAAAUAUUUCAGUUUCCAACAAAUAACACUCUGCCUGUAUUGUCUUAUGUAAAAAAUAAAAAUAAAGCAAAUACCAAGACAAAAAAUCAAAAUGCAAAAGGGAAAAAGAAAACGAAAGAAGAUAUAAUAGCAAUUAAAAAUACAAUAACAAUUAAAAAAGUUAAGGCAGAGGAGCAAGAAGAUUGUGUAGAUGUUGAAACGAUACCACGAGAUGAAAUACCAAUACUGGAAGCACACGAUGCAAAGAGUUUGUUGGAAAAAUUCGAGGCUUGCGAGAAUCCAAGUCCAUGCAAUAAAUCGAUCGUUAAAAAUGAUCAUACAUAUGACAUGAGAUCAAACAAAACAUGUCAAGUGACUCAAGAGUGCAGGGCUAACAUAUCGGAGAAAUCCGUUUCUCAAGCUUCCAAUCAACAGACCUCAAUCUUACCUAAAAAAAUAAUCAAUAAAACAAAGCUAUCAGAACGUAGAAAAACUAGUCCGAAAACUGCUACGCUAAAUGUACAAAGUAGUAAACGUAAGAGUACACGAAUGCAAGACGGAGCUUCCUGUAACAAGAUUUUGAAGAUAGACUCUACAAUAUUGAAUGAUGCUAAGAGUAGAACUAUUAGUAGAACUUUGGUACAGUUGGAUCACGAUUAUUGCAAUAAUGACAACUUUCGUACCAAGAGCUUUCGUACCAAUAGCAACAAAACUACAAAACAUACAUCUGCAUUAAAAUCGAGCCAAAAUGAGAAUUGGAACCAACACGAAAGACAUAAUACUGACAGUUCAAAUGAACAAUAUCAUUUGGAAUUGGCUAAUGUGUGUGACGGUAAUGGAAAACCAGCAGUCUUACAAAAUGAAAUCAAAGAUAAUUGGCUCGAAAAUGAUCAUAAAGACUGUCAAAAAGAGAUUUCUCUCAAAUACUCCCACGAUUUAAAUAAUUCAUCUGUUAGAAAUAUAAAUAUUUCAAACGCAUCUCCAACCGUCAAACCUCUUCUUCUUUCUAUUCGUUCACCUUUAGCUAGAAAAAUCAUCCUGCAAUCACAGAAACAUGUAUUACCUAAAACGAAUAUUGUACAAACAAGUUUUAAAACGCAAUAUAUUUCCGUAUUGAAGAAUCCACCAAACGCAUCACAAUCACAAUUCUCGAUAAAUAAUUCUAAUGAAAAUAUGGUAACCACUAUGAAUAAUUCAAAUAAUGAAGUACAAAAUAUAAUUGUACAAAAUACUCAAGACACGCUACCACAUGAAGAAGACAAGACAUCUCGUGUCAAAAUUAGUGUAUUAGAAUAUCGAAAAAGAAUACUGAACGAUAAAUCUCGUAAUGAUAAACCCAUGAUAAUGAAAGAAUCAUCUCGAACUAUACUAGUGGAUAUUUAUCAUGCUUCAACUAUGAAACCAUUACUUAGAUCUGAUCAAGAAAUAAAGGAUACGUUUUGGUGUGAGAGAGAAAUUAUGCCAUGUUGGAAAAAGGAAUCAGAUAUACAAGAAGAAAAAAAUAAGCCAAAACCACCUACUCGCGAUGUACAAACGGAAACGGACGAAAAUAUUUUUGAAUAUUUAAAAUCAGUAGAUGUUGAGGAGGAAGAUGGGAAAAUUAUGGUGAAAAACACAAAAAGGGAGAAAAGUACAAAGAAUAAAAAACAGAAAUCCUGCGAAAGAGUUUCUCACAGUUUGAGUCGAUCUAGAUCAAAAAGUAGAAGCAGGAGUACGACAAGCGAAAGCAGUAGCAGUAGCAGGAGUAGAAGUAGAAGUAGGAGUAGAGACAGAAGAAGAAGUAGAAGCAAAAGUGAAAAUCGAAGCAGAAGGAGAAGUAGAAGUAAGAGCAGGACAAGAAAUAGGAACAGAAGCAGAAGUGUUAGUACACGUAGAAGGAGCACAAGCACAAGCAGAAGCAGAAGCAGAAGCAAAAACAGGAGUAGCAGUAGAAGUAGAAGUAGGAGUAGGAGUAGGAGUAGAUCUCGAGUAGAUCGACGUAGUAGCCGACGAACAAUAAGUCAUCGCACGCGACGCAGCUCUGUCACCUCAACUAGCAGUUGGUCGUCUCCCACAUCUAUUUCAAUGAGAUCAAAGCAUUCGUAUUCACGUUCUAGAUCUCGAUCCGACAUCCGAUCUAGAUCUAGAUCCAGAUCCAGAUCUAGAUCUUCUGAACGGUUUUAUUCUAAACGAUCAAGGUCUCCCUCGACUUCAAAUCUUCGAAGAAAUAAAUGGUCUAAUCAACGAAAGGAUAGUAGGGAUCGUGAAAGAAGUUACGAUAAAUAUGAGAGACGCGAAAGAAGUUAUGAUAAAUAUGAGAGACGCGAAAAAAGUUAUGAUAAAUAUGAGAGACAUUCCUUCGCCAAUCGCCAUGCCAAUAGAUGUUAUAGUGGAUCACCAUUAGGUUCUUAUUCCGAAACUUACGAUGAUUGGCACAACAGAAAAAAGCAAAGAGAAAUAGAAGAACGAAGAGUGGUAUAUGUAGGACGUAUAGACGAAGGAAUUACCAAAUCUGAUCUACGUAAAAGAUUUGAAAUUUUUGGACCUGUUGAAGAUAUCAGUGUACAUUUUCGUGAACAUGGCGAAAACUACGGUUUUAUCACUUUUUUAUACAACAACGAUGCUUAUGAAGCCGUGGAGCAUGGUAAUGAUAAUCCAUCUUUACCUGAAUAUACUCUAUCUUUUGGUGGUCGCAGAGCGUUUUGUAAAUCCAAGUACGCCGAUCUUGACAAUGUAGAAGAUGAUGCAUCUAUUAGGAGGAGGCCUCACAUAGAUGAAGAGAUGUCCUAUGAUUAUCUCUUAAAGUCAACAGCAUAUAUGCUCAAAAGAAAAGUUUGACAUACGUAUUGUCUAAUCGUUUUAAAUUUAAACAAUAGAUUGAUUGUUAUUAAAGUAAAUUUUUUAGAGAGAGAAACGCACUUGUAUCAAUGCUCAUAUACAGUGUGUUUUGGUGCUGCUCCUUUACUAUAACAAAUAGUAAUUAGGGAUAUUCAAAUUAUAAAUACAUUAGGAGCAUUUGACAUUUUUAAUUAUCCGAUGCU